GGCGGAGCCGCUCCCGGGGGUUAUAAAGCGGGGUGAAAGGUCAGGGGUCAGAGGGUGACGCCGUCGUGGGCCGCGCAGUGACCCCGGGGGCUGGGACGGACAGAGGGAGGCAGGAGGAGGCGGCGGCGGGGGCAGGCCAGGAUGACGGGCAUGGCCGACAACCACCGGGAGAGCUGGGCGGGGCUGAUUGCGGAGGCCGAGCGGUACCGGCGCCGGACGGGGAACGAGGUGGUUCUGAUCACGGCUUUCCGGGCCCCGCAGCCGGGCGGCUUCUCCUACGCCCAGCACGGCUGCGGGGCCCUGGGCGACGCCGCCCGCCGCUACCUGGAGGACAUCGCCGUCGUCCACAAGACCACGGCUUUCAGCUACGCCCCGGCCCCCGCCCGCCCCGGCCCCUCCCAGCCCCGACAACCGCAGCUGCCCCCCCCAGGACCCCCCCGCCGGCCCCCACUGGACAGCGGGCGCCCAGGGAGCCCCGGCCGAGGCCGCGGGGGGGCAGGACGAAGAGGAGGAGGAGGAGGAGAAAAACGUGCCGGCGCCCAGGGAGGUGGAGGCAGGCGGGAAGCAGCAGCAGCCCCCCAGCGACACCACGGGUGA